AGCUCCAUAUUCAUCAUCUCCUUUCCUCCCCUCUUUGUUAGCGCUGUAAAUACUGAAAUCCCUCUUCUGCAAAUUACUGUCGUUUCCCCGAAAAGGAAAACAAAAUGCAAACAAAAUUAUUGCCAAGUACGUUUGAAUUACCACAGCUCCCCACAUCCUAAAAUUACUUCCCACAUCCUUGUUUCUCCUGUCUCCCUCCCCUGUAACUCCCUCCCCUACAGUCUUCAUUAACGCACUCAAAUGUAUGUCUCUCCUUCCCGGUCUCUCUGUCCCACAUAAAUUCACGUCAAACCACACCGUUUAUCUUCGUGAAAAUUCACUCAAUUUCUUUCCAGAAUCAAUCCAACAAUGCCUCACCUCCUUCUCCUCCUCCUUUUCCUUCUUUCAACUCCACCUCUCAUCGUCUCUCUCAACCAAGAGGGCGUCUAUCUUCAAAGCCUAAAACACUCCCUCGACGACCCAGACUCUGCCCUCUCUGCAUGGAACGAACGCGACGACACGCCAUGCAACUGGCCCGCUGUUACAUGCGACCCCAACUCUCACUCCGUCGUCUCCCUCGACCUCUCCAACACCAACCUCGCCGGCCCUUUCCCUUCCUUCCUCUGCCGCCUCCCCAAACUCACUUUCCUUUCCUUCUUUAACAACUCCAUGAACUCCACCCUCCCUCCCGACGUCUCCACUUGUGGAAGUCUCCAGCACCUCGACCUCGCCCAGAACCUCCUCACCGGUGCGCUCCCACACACCCUAGCCGAUCUCCCCAACCUCCGGUACCUGGACUUAACCGGUAAUAAUUUCUCGGGAGGUAUACCAGAUACCUUUGGGAAGUUUCGAGAACUGGAGGUUCUCUCCCUCGUUUACAAUCUCUUGGACGGGACCAUUCCGGCAUUCUUAGGAAACAUAAGUACCCUGAAAAUGCUAAACCUCUCUUACAACCCGUUUUUCCCUAGUCGGAUGCCGCCGGAACUCGGGAACUUGACGAAUCUCGAGGUUCUGUGGCUCACGGACUGUAACUUGGUGGGGGAAAUUCCUGAUUCACUGGGUCGACUAAAGAAACUUACCGACUUGGACCUGGCGCUGAAUGCUUUAGACGGUCCGAUCCCGAGGUCGCUCACAGAGUUGAGUAGCGUGGUUCAGAUUGAGCUCUACAACAACUCUUUGUCCGGCGGCUUUCCUCCCGGGAUGUCUAACUUGACCGCAUUGCGACUGCUCGACGCGUCUAUGAACGAGUUGUCAGGGAAGAUUCCGGACGAGUUGUGUCGGUUACCUCUCGAAAGCCUCAAUCUUUACGAAAACCGAUUGGUGGGAAGCUUGCCUGAGAGUAUUGCCAACUCGACGGGCUUAUACGAACUUAGACUGUUCCGGAAUGGACUCAUCGGCGAGUUACCCAAAAAUCUUGGCAGAAAUUCGCCGCUAAAAUGGCUCGAUAUUUCGAACAACCAGUUUUCCGGGGAACUUCCGGCUAGUUUGUGUGAAAAGGGAGCGCUGGAAGAGCUUUUGAUGAUAAACAAUCAAUUUUCGGGUCCAAUCCCGGCGAGUCUUGGCGAGUGCCAGAGUUUGAGCCGUGUACGUUUGGGUUUCAAUCGCUUGACGGGCGAUGUCCCGGCUGGAUUUUGGGGACUCCCACAUGUGUAUCUGCUCGAACUCGCUGGAAACUCUCUCUCGGGUCGAAUCGAGAAAACAAUCGCCGGAGCGGCAAAUCUUUCCAUUUUAACCGUGUCGAAGAAUAAUUUUUCGGGUCCGAUACCUGAAGAGAUCGGAUGGUUGGAAAACCUGUUUGAUUUUUCUGGUAGCGAUAACAGUCUCAGCGGGUCACUGCCGGAGAGUAUGGAGAACCUUGAGCAGCUUGGGAUUCUUGAUCUUCACAACAAUGAGCUUUCUGGUGAGCUUCCAAGUGGAAUUAAAUCUUGGAAGAAGCUCAACGAGCUGAAUCUAGCGAAUAACAAGUUUUCAGGUAAGAUACCUGAGAAGAUUGGGAGCUUGUCUCUGCUUAAUAACCUUGAUCUUUCAAGAAAUAGAUUUUCGGGGAACAUCCCACUUGGAUUGCAGAAUCUGAAGCUCAAUCAGCUCAAUUUGUCAUACAAUCGUCUAUCGGGUGAGCUUCCGCCGUUUUUUGCCAAAGAAACGUAUAUGAAUAGCUUUGUGGGUAAUCCUGGUUUAUGUGGGGAUUUGGAAGGUUUGUGUGAUGGAAAAAGCGAAGCUAAGAGCAUGGGUUACGUUUGGUUGCUCCGGACUAUUUUUGUGCUUGCUGGGCUAGUGUUUAUUGUUGGCGUGGUUUGGUUCUACUUCAAGUACAGGAACUUCGAGAAGGCAAAGAGAGUAAUUGAUAAGUCGAAAUGGACGUUGAUGUCGUUUCAUAAACUGGGCUUUAGUGAAUAUGAGAUCUUGGAUUGCCUUGAUGAAGAUAGUGUGAUUGGUAGUGGAUCUUCCGGGAAGGUUUACAAGGUUGUGUUAAGGAAUGGCGAGGUUGUUGCGGUGAAGAAACUUUGGGCAGGAGGGGUGAAGAAAGAUUCCGAGAGUGCCGAUGUUGAGAAAGGUCAGUUUCGGGAUAAUGUUUUUGAUGCAGAAGUUGAGACUUUGGGAAAGAUUAGGCACAAGAACAUCGUUAAGCUAUGGUGUUGCUGUACUACUAGGGACUGCAAGCUUUUGGUUUAUGAGUACAUGCCUAAUGGUAGUUUGGGCGAUUUGCUGCAUAGCAGUAAAGGUGGGUUGUUGGAUUGGCCAACGAGGUAUAAGAUUGCUUUGGAUGCCGCUGAGGGGCUUUCUUAUUUGCAUCACGAUUGUGUUCCUCCAAUAGUCCAUAGAGACGUGAAGUCGAACAAUAUUUUGUUGGAUGGAGAUUUUGGAGCACGAGUGGCAGAUUUUGGACUGGCUAAGGUGGUUGAUUCUAGCGGAAAGGGACCUAAGUCUAUGUCUGUCAUUGCCGGGUCCUGUGGAUACAUUGCACCAGAAUAUGCAUACACGCUUAGAGUGAACGAGAAGAGCGACAUAUACAGCUUUGGCGUGGUUGUGCUCGAGUUGGUCACAGGGAGACUGCCGGUUGACCCAGAGUUUGGGGAGAAGGAUUUGGUGAAGUGGGUGUGCACCACUUUGGAUCAGAAAGGCGUGGACCAUGUACUUGAGCCCAAACUUGAUCCUUGUUACAAGGAAGACAUGUGCAAGGUGCUUAACAUUGGCCUUCUCUGCACCAGCCCUCUCCCUAUCAAUCGCCCAUCCAUGAGACGGGUAGUGAAAAUGUUGCGAGAAGUGAGUCCUGUUAACCACUCCAAGACGGCCAAGAAAGAUGGCAAAUUGUCUCCUUAUUACUACGAAGAUACCUCAGAUCAUGGAAGUGUGGCUUAAGAGCUUCCGAUCUGCUUGUCUUCAAGUUUUUUCUGCUUCACAAAACAUAUCCGGGGAUGGUGAUUGAUAAUGUAUCUUCUACUUUUUCUUAUUAAGCUAACUUCACAUUAUUAGACCCACUUGGUAUUGCUUCAAAGAGUGGGGAAAAUUAAAAGAGAUAAAAAAGGAAGGGGAGUUACAGAGUGGGUUGUUUUCGGUUUAAAA